AUGGUUGAUAUUAUGAAAAAAGCCCUAGAGUUAGCUUCUGAGGCGUUAGCAGCUCAGGAAGUGCCAGUAGGUUGUGUGUUCACAUUUGGUUCUGAUAUAAUUGCACAAUCGAGAAACACAGUGAAUGCAACACGUAAUCCCACAAGACAUGCUGAAAUUAAUUGUAUUGAUACUGUUUUAGAAUAUUGUAAGCUUAAUAGUAUAGAUUUUAAGGCAUAUUUUAAAAAUGUAACAGUGUAUGUUACUGUGGAACCAUGUAUUAUGUGCGCAGCUGCACUAAACAAUCUCAAUGUAAAAGAAGUAAUAUAUGGGUGUGCAAAUGACAGGUUUGGUGGGAAAACUGUUUUAGAUGUGAAUGAUUUUUAUGAACAUAACUACAUGUUAACAGGAAAUUUAUUAGCUGAUGAUGCGAUGGCUUUGUUAAAGCAGUUUUAUAAAGGAACCAAUCCCAAUGCUCCUGAUAGCAAAGUCAAGAAACAAAGUUUGACUUAA